CAGUCCCGUUCAUCAUGGGUCACUGAAAUGAACAAGAGGAUUGCCACCAGGUUAUUUCACUUCUCGUUGCCAAGCCUGCAUCAUAUUGUUGUCCGGACGUAAGGUGGAGGGCUAUCUUGCCCAAAUGGACAGCAACCCUUUUUUCUUCUACAGGGCGAUCACUGGGUACCUCACGUUCCCACUGCUUGCUGUCACCGUCCUGUCAUCAUUUGGAUCCUCCAUGCUUUAUGGCUACAACCUGGCUGUGGUGAACUCUCCAGCAGCGCACAUCAAAGCAUUCUACAAUGCCACGUGGUACCAGCGUUAUGGGUACGGCCUGGCUCCAGGGCCCCUCACGCUCAUGUACUCGCUGACGGUCUCAGUCUUUGCACUGGGAGGCCUGUUGGGGUCCUUUCCCGUGGGGAUGCUGGUAACCCAAUAUGGAAGGAAUGGUACCCUGGUACGUAGCAACAUCCUGGUCUUCCUGGCUGGCAUGUUAAUGGGGUUCAGUCGGUACUUGGAGUCACCUGAAUUGGUCAUCAUCGGACGUUUCAUCACCGGCAUUCACUCUGGGAUCUGUCUCAGUGUGGUGCCCAUGUACCUGGGAGAAAUUGCCCCUAAAAACCUUCGUGGAUUCCUAGGCCUUGUACCAAGCAUCUUCAUCUGCCUGGGGGUCUUCUCUGCCCAAGUUCUGGGCCUACCGGAGCUGCUGGGGGAAGAUGCCUACUGGCCUCUCUUCCUCUCUGUGGUGGUGAUCCCUGCCUUCCUGCAGCUCCUGCUGCUACACUGGUUUCCAGAAAGUCCCCGUUACCUGCUUAUUGAGAAGAAUAAUGUCCAUGGAGCCACUGAUGCACUGCGCUGUUUCCUUGGCAAAUGCGAUGUGCAGGAUGUGAUUGAGGAGAUGCAGGAGGAGAAGCGUUCACUCGCCUCUGCGGAGACUGUGUCAGUGUGGCAUCUGCUGUUGGAUCGCUCCGUGCGAUGGCAAGUGCUCUCCGUUGUGGUGAUCAACAUGGGCAUGCAGCUCUCAGGAAUUGAUGCGAUAUGGUUUUACACAAAUGCUAUUUUUGAGAAUGCCGGCAUCCCUGAUGCAGAGAUCCCCUACACUACAGUGGGCACAGGUGCAAUUGAGGUUGUUGCUGGCUUGAUAGGCUGUUUCACUAUUGAGAAGGUGGGACGUCGCCCUCUCAUCAUAAUUGGUUUCUGCUUCAUGGGCAUUUGCUGCAUAGGCAUCACCCUGUCCCUGGUGCUGCAGGCAACGGUGUCCUGGAUGCAUUAUGUCAGUGUGGCCUGUGUCAUUGGGAUCAUCGCAGGAUUCUGCAUGGGACCAGCUGGAGUCCCAUUUUUGAUGACAGCUGAACUCUUCAAGCAGUCACAUCGGCCAUCCGCCUACAUUGUGGGUGGCUCCCUCAACUGGCUCUCGAACUUCACAGUUGGCUUUAUGUUUCCCUUCCUGCAGAUGUCAGCUGGUGCCUUCUGCUAUCUGGUCUUCUGUGGCGUUUGCCUUUUGGUCGCAUUGUAUGUCUAUGUUAUCAUCCCUGAAACUAAAAACAAGACAUUUAUGGAGAUCAGCCACAUGUUUGCCACCCGCCACACUUUCCUCUCCGGCUUGCCAGACUCUGUCAAGAUGACCAAGUUCAAUGGUUAUGGUGCUGUGGAGAACAGCUCCCUGGAACUCUCUGGGUCAGGAUCCUAGCUUCCGUGAUGCUUCUCUAUUCACAAUUUUGGGAUGCCGUUUCCCCUCCAACUGGGAAGCCACCUUGAUGAGCUUUCUUCUGUCAUUGGGCAAAAAGAGAUGAUAAUACUGAUUCUCUUCCUUCAGCUCCUUUCUUCCUGCCUGGGCCACAGUACAAAGAAUAUCUGGGGAAAACUUUGAGGAGCAUCUGAUUCAGACCUAAAGAGUCUGCCUCUGCCCCCCACCCCCAGUACUUGUGGGGCUCUUCAGUUUAAAGCCUUUACUUCCACUUUCCCUGUCUUCUCCUGAGGGCUGGGAAUAAAAAGAUCAGGGUGACAACUAUUCUCAGGAAACUCAGCAAAACAGACUGUAUGUCAUGGGUGGGACUCAUUCUUUUUUCCUAUAAGACAUUGAUUUUAUUUCAUUUAUUACAUUUCUAUACCGCCGAAGUUCUUUGGGCAGUUUACAAAGAUGAAAACCUCAAAAGUACAUUACAAAAACCAUUUACACACAAACAUAUGAACAGACAGCACACACGAAGAUGCAUAUGUCUAAAACAAAUUUAGAGAGUUUGAGGGAGAUCUACCGGCCUGCUUCCAGAUUUUCCUUGCCUUCAGCUAUACUCACAUGUGGCUUGAGAGCAGAGAUCAACAAUAAGAAGUCACACCUGCAAUACUGCAACCAAACAGCAACAUUAGAAUGAUGCUGGUAGAUCAAUUUAGCACCUAUUUUGUAAGAAUUCCAUGAUACAUGUACAUCCCAUGCGCAACUGAGCCCAACCUGCCUGAAAAGAAAAGGGAGAAAUAAAUAAAAUCUUAAUAAAUAAAUAAAUAAAUGCCCACUCAGCCAUGGAAUUACCUUCUAAAAGACCAAAAACAAUAUACUCCUAAGGUAUUCCACUCAACAACAUUCAUGCAUUCAUAAGAAACUCUGUACCAACAUCGGUCCAUACAGAGCAGCACCAAAUAUCACAAACAGCAUAAACUGGUCACAGCCACCACACAUUUACAUCUGCACCCCUCCACAAUAAGAGUGUAAAGCCAAGAUAAAAAUCACAUGCACAAACACACACAGUAGCUACAGCGA